UGCCUCCUGGCCUUGGAAAUCCAACCAAUCAGGGACAACUCCAAGCUAUUUACACAUUAUUGGUGGGAAAGCACACCUGUUACCCACACAGGAACUCAUACGUGUUGUAGAAGAAAUGAAGUUAGUUGUACUGCUCUGUUUUGUCCUGCUGCUUUCUGUCCUAACCCUGCAAGUUGGGACUGGGUCUGCAGAAAGUGAUCCACAUGGUCAAGAUGGUGUUGCAGAGCCUGCCUGUGAGAAGUAUGAAGACGGAUUUUGCACCAAGGAGAUGGAUCCAGUGUGCGGCAGUGAUGGACAUACCUACUCCAAUGAGUGCCUUCUCUGCCUGGAAAAUAGAAUGAAGAUGAAGAAUGUGAAGGUAGCAAGGAAGGGAUGGUGCAAUCCAUAACAAUGUGGAACACAUUGCCUUGUAAUAGGCUUAUUUGAUAUUAUGAAAAGCACGCCUUCUCAAUAAAACUUUGAACAUGUACCCUGCA